AAAAAAAAAAAAAAUUAAACGCUGACUAUUUUUUGGUCACGUGACAGUGCAGUCAGCUGGGAGAAGAAGCGCAGGAAGUUGCAAAUAAAAAAAAAAAUAAAAAAAUGGCGAUUUUCAGUGUGUAUGUUGUGAAUAAAGCUGGAGGUUUAAUUUACCAGUAUGACAACUACGUCCCGAGAACUGAGGUCGAAAAGACCUUCAGCUACCCUUUGGACCUGGUGCUAAAACAUCAUGAUGAGAAAGUCGUCGUGUCGUUUGGACAAAGGGACGGAAUAAAAGUGGGUCACGCGGUACUGUCCAUCAAUGGAGUUGAUGUGAUGGGAAAGAGCACAGCAGAGGGAAAGGACAUCCUUGAAUAUUUCAAAGAUCCAGCCAAUUAUCCAGUUUCAGUCCGGUUUGGACGGGCUCGACUGAGCUCCAACGAGAAGCUGAUGCUUGCAUCCAUGUUCCACUCGUUAUUUGCCAUCGGCUCACAGCUGUCUCCUGAAGUUGGCAGUUCAGGAAUCGAGAUGCUGGAAACGGAUGUCUUUAAACUUCACUGCUUUCAAACCCUCACGGGGAUCAAGUUCAUCGUCCUGGCCGACCCGCGGCAGUCCGGCAUCGACGCGCUGUUGAAGAAGAUUUACGAGAUCUACUCGGACUUCGCUCUCAAGAACCCGUUCUACUCUCUGGAAAUGCCCAUCAGGUGCGAACUGUUCGACCAGAACCUGAAGAGCGCGCUGGAGGUGGCAGAGAAAGCUGGUAACUUUGGAGCUGGGUCCUAAACCAGAGAGGAGUGUGUGUGCAGACCUCAGUCUCAAACCGGAAAGAAUUAAGUGCUUUGUGUUUAGUUUUAUUUCUAUUUCUUGUUAAUAAAAGCCUUGUAAAUACAUCACAUUUUGUAAAUACCUAACAGAAUAAAUUCUGAACAUGUAAA